UAGCGGCUGUUUGUUGACUUCCGGGAGCGCGGUUGUAGUUGAUCCACGGAGUUUUGCCAUGCGGAAGUGGGGGGCUUUCGCGGCCAGCGUCUGCGCGGAGUAGCUGCCUUAGCCCCGACCAAACCGUCCUCUACAGCCUCCUGGCCCAGGCGCAGGUUGUCCGUACCGCCCUUUGGGAUGAAGGAGCCCGAAGAGCUGUUGCCCGAUUCGGGUGCUGUGUUUACAUUUGGGAAAAGUAAAUUUGCUGAAAAUAAUCCCAGUAAAUUCUGGUUUAAAAAUGAUGUCCCUGUACAUCUUUUAUGUGGAGAUGAACAUACUGCUGUUGUUACCGGAAAUAAUAAACUUUUCGUGUUUGGUAGUAACAACUGGGGUCAGUUAGGAUUAGGAUCAAAGUCAGCCAUCAGCAAGCCAACAUGUGUCAAAGCUCUAAAACCUGAAAAGGUGAAAUUAGCUGCCUGUGGAAGGAACCACACCCUGGUAUCAACAGAAGGAGACAACGUAUGUGCAACUGGUGGAAAUGAUGAAGAACAGUUGGGGCUGGGUGACACUGAAGAAAGAAAUACUUUUCAUGUAAUUAGCUUUUUUACAUCCAAGCAUAAGAUUAAACAGCUCUCUGCUGGAUCUAAUACUUCAGCUGCCCUAACUAAUGAGGCUUACUUUAUGUGGGGUGAAAAUUCCGAAGGGCAAAUUGGUUUAAAAAAUGUAACUAAUGUCUGUGUCCCUCAUCAAGUGACCAUUGGAAAACCUGUCUCCUGGAUCUCUUGUGGAUAUUACCAUUCAGCUUUUGUAACAACAGAUGGUGAGCUAUAUAUGUUUGGAGAACCUGAGAAUGGGAAGUUAGGUCUUCCUAAUCAGCUCCUGAGCGAUCACAGAACACCCCAGCUGGUGUCUGAAAUUCCUGAGAAGGUGAUCCAAGUAGCUUGUGGUGGAGAGCAUACUGUGGUUCUCACAGAGAAUGCUGUGUAUACGUUUGGCCUGGGACAAUUUGGUCAGCUGGGUCUUGGCACUUUUCUUUUUGAAACUUCAGAACCCAAAGUCAUUGAGGAUAUUAGGGAUCAUACAGUAAGUUAUAUUUCUUGUGGAGAAAAUCACACAGGUUUGAUAACAGGUAUCGGCCUUAUGUAUACUUUUGGAGAUGGUCGCCACGGAAAGUUAGGACUUGGACUGGAGAAUUUUACCAAUCACUUCAUUCCUACUUUGUGCUCUAAUUUUUUGAGGUUUAUAGUUAAAUUGGUUGCUUGUGGUGGAUGUCACAUGGUAGUUUUUGCUGCUCCUCAUCGUAGUGUGGCAAAAGAAAUUGAAUUCGAUGAAAUAAGUGAUACUUGCUUAUCUGUGGCGACUUUUCUGCCGUAUGGCAGUUUAACCUCAGGAAAUGUACUGCAGAGAACUUUAUCAGCACGUAUGCGGUGAAGAGAGGGUACAAGGUCUCCAGAUUCUGUUUCAGUGAUGAGAACACUACCUCCAAUAGAAGGGACUCUUGGCCUUUCUGCUUGUUUUCCCCCCAAUUUGGUCUUUCCACGUUGUUCUGAGAGUCACCUAGAGAGCGUCUUAUCUGAACAGGACCUCAUGCACCCAGAGGAACCAGAUUAUUUUCUAGAUGAAAUGACCAAAGAAGCAGAGAUAGAUAAUUCUUCAACCGUAGAAAGCCUUGGAGAAACUACUGAUAUCUUGAAUAUGACACACAUGAGCCUGAAUUCCAAUGAAAAGUCAUUAAAAUUAUCACCAGUUCAGAAACAAAAGAAACAACAAACAGUUGGGGAACUGAUGCAGCAUACAGCUCUUACUGAAAACGAUGAUAGUGGUGAAUAUGAAGAAAUGUCAGAAAUGAAAGAAGGGAAAGCAUGUGAGCAACACGUGUCACAAGGGAUUUUCAUGACGCAACCAGCUACGCCUAUCGAAGCAUUUUCAGAUGAGGAAAUAGAAAUCCCAGAGGAGAAGGAAGGAGCAGAGGAUUCAAAAGGAAAUGGAAUAGAGGAACAAAAGGUAGAAGCAAAUGAGGAAAAUGUGAAGAUGCGUGCAGGAAGACAGGAGGAAACAGAGAUCCUAUCAGAUGACCUUACAGACAAAGCAGAGGGUAACAAGGUACAGGAAGGGCAAUCAAUUGCUGCUGCAGCCAGUAAUAACCAAGCCAAGCCAAUUUACGGAAGGCCACAGGAAGCUUCUUUGAGCACUAUGGGUAAAAUCUAUGUAGACCCACAACAGUGUUUUCCCCGCUGGACCUGGUGAUGCCAGUCGGAGGGAAAACAGAGUUAACAGCAGACUCCAAACAAGUCAUCAGAAAUGUGGAAGUAGGAAAGUGAAGUUGAAGAUGAUGAAGGAUUGGGACGCUUCCCUACCCAUAAAUGCAUCAAGACCCCGAAGGCAGAAUCCAGGGAAGGGUACUUGGAAAGAAUGGCGGCCACAAGCUCUGCUUCCAGAGACCACAGCUCUGGAUUAGGAAUUAGAACAGGAUUCUGGCUCCAUAAAGGUAAGCAUCUAAUAGCAAGAAAGGGUUCCAUGCUUUGGAGAAAGACCUGGGAAUGAGAAAGGAUGCAAUAUAGGAAUAGCAGGUUUGUUACAUAGGUAUAUAUGUGCCAUGGUGGUUUACUGUACCCAUCAACCUGUCAUCUAGGUUUUAAGCCCUGAAUGCAUAAGGUAUUUUUCCUAAUGCUACCCCUCUCCUUACCUCCACUCCCCGAUAGGCCUCAGUGUGUGAUGUUCCCCUCCCUAUGUCCAUGUGUUCUCAUUGUUCAACUCCCACUUAUGAGUGAGAACAUAUAGUGAUUGGUGACCAAAAGCAGGAGUCCAGUUCUGAAUCUGGCACCAUUGGGAGAAGAGUCACUUGACUCCAAGUAUAAUGCAAGUGGGGUCCAGUUCAAAUAAACAAUGAGGAUGAUUCACUCCAAGAGCAGAGACAGUUUGGAAAUCGCAUGCCAGGACCACUCAGGUCGGGUUUAAAGUAUGAGUUUGUCUGGGUCAGCCUUGCCCCUUUUAGCUGACUUAACAUACCCCAUCUCUGGCCAGCACACCACUGAGCUGCCAGCCCCACUGUGUCAAUGACAUCACUCAACAGAGCCUUCUUGACUUGCUCCCCAAAUGCUCUUGUGUCAGUUUAGUUCCCACCCCAUUGCUGCUUCCUCGUUCCAUCCGCUAUCCUGAACAAUUCAAGGUUUGCUCUUUACUCCAUAAAGUCUUGCCCCCUUGGCUGCUUCCUUGACUUGGAUCUUCUCUUCCAUUUCUCUCUGCACCAAGUGUUUCCUGUGGUGACUAAACACACAGACGUGGGAGGUGUAAUAAUUAAAGAAAGGAAAGAAACAUGAAGGGUGGCUUGAUGGUUAACAAGGACAGGUUUAUUUUAGAAAACAAACCUGGGAGGGGGUUUUGGCCAAGUUAGGUUAGAGCCCCACUUUCUUACAGGCUAAGAGCUUUUAAGGAUUCAGGGUGGGAGAGUUUAUUAGAGGCUUGGACUGCUUUUGUGUUUCUUUGUUGUGCUUAUUAGGGAGGGAGAGUCGUGUGUUUGUUUUCAUACAUCUUUCUGCAACUGCAGGCAUACCACCGAGUCUGCUUUUAGCUUCCCUAUCUUAGUGGACCUGAAAGGAAAGGAAUGUGCUUAUUAAGGCCCACUGUUUUACUGGGGCCCAUUGUAUGACAGUGAAGUUUGGUAGUUACCCAAGAGAAUUUCCUCCUACCUCCCUCUGUGCCUGAGCUGUUUUAUCUGUGUUUUACUGUCUGCUCUUUUUGGCUGUUUGUAGUCAGAAGAGAAGUGAUUCCCUUGAAAUGCAUGAGGCUAGAAAGGGAGCUAGAACUUAAAGUGGUGGUGUUUGUCCAAGGUGACAGUGUUCCUGCUCUGUCGGGGGGAUCAGUGGGCCCCGACUUAGCGGGGAUGUUGGAAGGCAGAGAAUGGGAUGUAGCAGGGUCUGAAGAGUUCUUUCCUCCACCCAGCCAUUCUCCAGGCUUAGGCAUUCCCGAGUACAGUUGGGAAGGGGAAACAUUGAAGGAAGUAAGGUUUCUAAAUUUGUCAUCGGGAUAGAACUAGGGAAAUACUCUCUCCCGACUGAUCUUUAUCGGUUAGAUAGGCUGCCCUACAAAUUUGUAUAGAGUUAAACACAGGGGAAUGGGUUCUGAUAGCAUAUCUCUGAUUUUUCCUGAGGAAGUGGUGCUAACUCUUAGUAGUGAGUCUGAAGGAAUAUUUAGGUAGGAUUAUUUUCUGUGUUCCCUGCUGCCAAGGUGCUACCUGGCUGUUUCUCUUUUGCUUGGAGACCUUUAUUGCUGAGUUCUUCUCCACUCCACUCCCACUUUUCCUCUUCCUCCUGCUUCUAAUUCUGCAUUUGCUCAAAAAGUUUAAUAACUAUUAAAAUGUUUACUCCGCCCUGUUUUUCAUACUUCCUCCUUUACCCACUUCUGCCUUCUCCCAAGCAAACCAACUAGUGUUAAAAUAAUAAUAAUCUUUCUUAUCUGUCUCCUAAUCACACGGAAACCUGAAUUUUUGACCUUUGU